UCACAUGACUUGGUUGGUAAAGAUGGCGGAACUAACAAUGUUUGGAUUGUUGUGCGUCUGCUGUUGUUUUCAAUUUAUUUGGGGGAAUAGUCAGUUGCCUCUCCAAGACGACUAUCACGGAGCGAAACCAACGAGAGGGGAACCGUGGCCCUUGCCUCAAAUCUACACGCCAAGCUCCGAAACAUUCUCCUUGAAUUAUUUGUCGUUUGAUUUCCCGGUGACUGGUGCGACCUGCGACACUCUGACGGCUGCAAUACGACGCUACGAACAGAUAAUCUUCGGUGAUGCAGAACUUGACACUCGACUUAAGUUCUUUCCGGGAUUUGACCGUUUCAGCUCCGCCGACGGAAGCGUGAACUCAUUGAGCGUGCAUGUUCAGGAGGCAUGUGAUACUGCCGACAACAAGUACCCGGCUCUCGAGUCCAAUGAAGCGUAUAACUUGACAGUGGCGAGUCCUACUUCCCAGUUAGUUGCCAAAACAGUAUGGGGAGCUCUGAGGGGUCUGGAGACCUUCAGUCAGCUGAUUUACGAAGGUUUGGAUGGCCAGUUUGAGGUCAACAAGACAGUCAUUGUGGAUUUCCCACGAUUUCAAUACCGUGGAAUUCUCCUCGAUUCUUCACGCCACUUCCUGACUGUGGAGGUCCUAAAGAAGAACCUGGAUGCUAUGGCUUACAACAAGUUCAAUGUGUUCCACUGGCACAUUGUAGAUGACCAGGCAUUCCCAUAUGAAAGUAUCCUGUUCCCUCAGAUGAGUGCUACGGGAUCUUACUUUGGUCUGUCCCACACCUACACUCAAGCACAAAUCAAGGCAAUUGUAGAGUAUGCUAGGCUGAGGGGAAUCAGGGUCAUCCCUGAGUUUGACACACCAGGCCACACCCAGUCCUGGGGAAAGGGAAUUCAGAACUUGCUGACGAAGUGCUACUCCUCUGGCAAACCCAAUGGCAACUUUGGACCCAUUGAUCCAACCCUCAACUCUACAUAUGCUUUUCUGGCCAGUUUCUUCGGUGAGGUGGCCGAGGUGUUCCCCGACCACUACAUCCAUCUGGGUGGGGAUGAGGUGUCCUUCUCUUGUUGGCAUAUGAUGCCCAAAAAACNCUUCAUGAAGAAAAAGUCAUAUGGUACUAACUAUGCAGAACUGGAGCAAUACUACAUGCAGAACCUUCUGAACAUUAUCAAUUCUCUGAAGAAGGGCUACCUGAUCUGGCAGGAAGUCAUAGACAAUGGUGCCACAGUACGCCCCGACACUGUGGUGGAGGUCUGGAAGUCGGGCUAUGUGGAGGAGCUUAAUAAGGUCACACUCAAAGGCUACAAGACCAUUCUGUCAGCAUGCUGGUACCUUAACUACAUCUCGUAUGGGUCGGACUGGAAUAACUACUAUAGUUGUGAUCCUUGGGGAUUCCUUGGUACCCAGAAACAACUAGACCUGGUGAUCGGAGGGGAGGCGUGUAUGUGGGGUGAAUACGUGGACAGUACCAAUGUCAUCUCCCGUACCUGGCCUAGAGCUGCUGCUGUCGGGGAAAGGCUGUGGAGUAACAAGGAUGUCCGAGAUGGUACAAAGGCUGCUCCACGCAUGGCUGAACACAGGUGUCGUCUCAUCAGGCGAGGAUUCCAAGCGGAGCCUGUCAAUGGCCCUGACUAUUGUGAGCAUGAGUACAGUGGGGUUUAAAUAUCUAACUUGAUUCUCAGAGUGCCAGACAGGACCAGUCUCUCAAUCCACGCUCAAUAGAGGCAAACUGGGACUUUGUUUUUUUACACAAAUUUUCUAGAUUUAUGAACUACGGUCAUGACAUAUUGCCACUUGAUUUAAUUUUUACUGAAAAAGUUUAACUUUAGAAAGCUUGUUAGUGAUAUUGAUGUUUUACCUAUAUAGCUACCUGUGUGCAGUGUACAUGUACUUUUUGUGAGCUUUACUAUUUGGCUUUAUUCCUGUUAAGUCUCAUCUUAUUAUACACGUAUAUGUGUACUAUCAUGAACUAACAUUUCAGUUUUAAAUUUGCCGUAUUUAAGAGAUCCAGACAAGUUUCAAAUAGAACCAGACUGCUGUAUUUAUUCUGCAAUAAGUUGAUAAGCCCUGGGGGCCAGCACAUGCUUUCUGAUACAAUUCAGGGAACGGGCUUAUUAUAGGAUAAUAAAAGUGCUGAUCUACUGACCUGCAAUAUCUAUUAUAAUAAUUUACUUAUAGGAUUUAAAUGUUUAUUUAAUCAGUUGUUUGUAUAGAUGUUAUAGUAACUCAAAGUGCCAUCAUUAUAAAUUCCCCUCAAACAUUCCUCUGACUCUUGUCACAAAAUUCCACUUAAAACUGGCGGUACGUGCCAGUUGUUUGAGAUAUUUUUAUUUAUUUAUUUUCAUCUAUUGUAAAAUUUUUAAACAUCUGAAAUUUAAAAAAUAAAUAAAUAUUUAUAAACAGAACAGACUGGUGAUAGUGUCAUUGGUUUCCAAUCACCUAAGAGGUCAUCAGUUCAGGUGGUUGUCAUUGUUCUAUAUGAAAUAAAUGCUGUGAUUAUAGUGACAUGUUAUUGUAUUACAAUAUUCAUUUUAAUGUGUUAAAAUUAGACCUUUGGGUGCAUUUCCAACCAAUCAUUUAGUAGGAUUUAAUAGGUUUCUGCCUCCAUAUCCACAUCAAUAAAGUUUGAAAUACAUUGUGGUAAACAUAAAACAAGACUAUAUAUAAGGCGCUGUAUGUUGGAUGUAAAUAUUGAAUAUUUUUUAAGGAUUUUCUUCAAUGAAGUUAUAAUUCAUAUACCAGGUAGAAUAGAUUGAUAUUUUGAGUUGACUACGUAUUGUUGAAUAACAAGAAGAUCAUCAUAGAAUUUAAUUGUAUAUAUUGAUCACAUUUAUGGAAUGAUAUUGAGAUUUCUGUAAAAUAUGUUUAUAACAAACCCCAGGUGACCUGCUGUAAUUAUGAAUAUAAGAAAUCAGCUCAGUAAAGACAAUUCUUUAUAAAGUCGGAUGUUCACGAGUUCCAUAAUUGGGGCCCCAAUGAAGACUUUAGUAUAAGCAUGAGUCAUUGGUACGUUUGUAUUAAACCUGUUUAACUAUAGUAUAGAUGUUGUGAUAGAUGACCAGAACAACAGGCACUGGCCCUGCUCAUGUGUGCAAGUGCCUGCUCAUAUAUAUAUGAGUGCAUUUUCAUUGUUUCUUUAUCAUUUUUGAUGUCCACAUAUUUCACCAACUGAUUUUAAAGCAUAAUGCUGCAUUGUACUAUUUUAAACUGAAAAGCAUAUUUUUAGUCAUAAAUAACAAAGAAAAAGAUUUGUUCAUGAAUGAUAAUCAAGACUCUGGGUGCUUUCAUGUUGUAUCCAGUUCCACUAAUUCUGUAGUAGGACGAGGAAAAGUGAUAAAGAUAAUGACGUCACUGGGGUUCAAACUUGCAACCCGGAGUCCGCUAGCGCUGAGCUCAAAGGAAUUUCCUACAGCUGACACUUGUUAGGCAAACUAAUCAAUGCACAUCUUUUACAAUUCAAUUGCUUACACUUGAAAAGAAAGUGACAGGCACAAAUUGCAACUAAGAUUGACAUAAGGAAAUAAAGGAAUCCUGUCAUGUCUGGUCGAAACUUAAAAGUCAGACUGUCACUAGUUUUCAGUACUUGCACAUAUAAAUAAUAAGGAUGAUUCUUAUAUACCUAUUUUAGGUAAUGUUAGAAAAUCUAGUACAUGGGUGAAGGACGCACAUAGGUAUUAAUAUACAUGUAUAUUGGGUUCAGUGCUAUAUAUUUUAAAUCCAUGUAUAUCUCAGCCUAUUACGUUGGCAUACUAUACCACCUGUACUCUUUCAAACAGAUACACUGUUAUUUAAAAGUAGCCUUCUUUAAAUUCAACAAUUCUAAGGGAGACCACUCUAGUCUGACAGCGUGACGCAGAAAAUAAUUUUAGGUUGGUUCUGUCAGAGACGUAUAUAUUACGCACCAUAAUAUAUACAUGGACGUCUCUGGUUCUGUAAAACAGUGAUUCAAAUUGAACAUCAUACAUCCUCAUAUUAAUGAAAGAUGUCAUAGUCAUUAACAAAAUAGAAAGAAAACAUAUCAUAUCUUCCAAAGAAUCUUUUAAUUUCUUGCUUGCCUUUAUAUAUCAUUGGCUAUUGAAAGUUUAGCUAAUCAGUGUAAUACUUUUAAUUGUUAUAUACUACAAUAGUGAACUUAAAGUUCUAUUGUAACUGGUUCAUAUCAUGUAUUCCUCAAUUAAAAACACUGUGAAAAAAGGAAGAUACUGUGAAAAAAGUAUGGGUGAAUUACAGACAUAGUCCAUUCAGAGAAAUGUUAUUUAAUAUUCAAAAGUUUAAUUUACCUGUACAUUUUGAUUUGUGAAGGCUGUAAAAUACACAAUGUACGCAAAAAUAGUUCUUGUGUUUUGUGAACUAUUAACCAGUCUUAAAAAAUCACUUCUAUGCAAUGUAAUAAAUACAUAAAUCCUA